UCAAUAGCUGGAUAUGGUACAAAGUCUUUCCAACUAGAAGCAGAGUUGCAGAGCGGAGCGUGCAGCUGGAAGAAAAAUGAAUAUCAUAUUUGAUCUCCUCCAGGUUGUAGUCAUCAUAAUCUACUCCUAUUUGGAGGCCUUAGUAAAGCUUUUCAUCCCCGUGAAGAGAAAGUCUGUGAGUGGCGAGACUGUGCUUAUUACAGGAGCUGGACACGGCAUCGGGAGAGUCACGGCCUACGAGUUUGCCAAGCGUCAAAGCAAACUGAUUCUCUGGGAUAUCAACAAGCAUGGUGUUGAGGAAACUGCUGAAGGAUGCAAAAAGUUGGGAGCCAAAGCCUAUUCUUUUGUGGUAGACUGCAGUGUGAAGGAGGAAAUUUAUGCAGCUGCAGAAAAGGUUAAAAGAGAAAUAGGAGAUGUUACUAUCUUGGUGAAUAAUGCUGGAGUGGUGGCAACAGCAGAUCUCCUUUCCACCAAGGACGAGCAGAUACAAAAAAUAUUUGAGGUCAACAUUCUUGCUCAUCAUUGGACAAUAAAAGCAUUCCUGCCAGCAAUGAUGGAAAGUAACCACGGCCAUAUUGUCACAGUUGCAUCUGCUGGUGGGCAUGUCACAGUCCCUUUCCUGGUGUCUUAUUGUUCAAGCAAGUUUGCUGCUGUUGGAUUCCAUAAAGCCUUGACUCAAGAACUGGCUGCACUAGGAAAAGAUGGCAUCAAAACCUCAUGCCUUUGUCCUGUUUUUAUAAACACUGGGUUUGUAAAACAGCCAAGAUCAAGAUUGGUGCCUAUCCUAGAGCCCGAGAAAGUUGCAAAUGCACUCAUGGAUGGAAUACUUUGCAACCAAAAGAUGAUUUUUGUUCCACCAUUUGUGAAAUUUAAUCUGCUGUUGGAAAGAAUUCUACCUGAGCGUGCCUUGGUGGCUUUAAACAAGAUGCUAAGAAUAGACUUUGAUGCAGUUGUUCAGGGUGAGAAAAAAAAGGAUUAAGUUCAUCAGCGCCUUCUGGGGAUAUCGAGAAGAUCAAGAGUCAGCUCAUCAGAAAUUUGAUUAAUUCCAGGCUAUCUGCAAUGACACUCCUUGGCACACUUUCUGUGAUUUGCAAAAGGAAUCCCAUGCACUUAUUUUAAUAUAUAUUAAAAGUCCCAACGCAA